AUGGAUCCAUUCAACCUUGAUAUGUGGAAUUCAUUGGAUCUCAUAUUACCCAUUCAUAUUUCUGUGGAUUGGCUUGAUACUGAUGAAGCCCACAUCUUCAAAGCUAACUUGCCUGGUUUGAAGAAAGAGGAUGUGAAAGUUCAAGUGGAAGAGGAACAUGUUCUGGUCAUAAGUGGAGAGUUUAAGAAGGAUGAGGUGGACAAAAAUGACAAGUGGCGUCGCUUGGAAAGAUCACAUGGAACUUUCUCUCGCCGCUUCUGCCUGCCAAAGAAUGCCAUGUUGGAUCAAGUGAAAGCCAAUCUCACAAAUGGAAUGCUGUCGGUGACAAUUCCUAAGAAGCAGAGCCAAAACCAGAGUAGAGCUGUAGAGGUGGCUCGAGCAGAGGUUGAAGGAGCAUGGGUCGUGGCCGGGGCAUAUCAGCAACCAGAGGUCGUGACCAUCCUAGAAUGCAGCUGCCACAACUUGACCUCCCCACUUCAAGCUAGGCCUUUCUGUUGA